ACACUUGCAAAAGCAUCCGAGGUGGCCUCAACGAGGGAAAAUAAUUGGGCAAAAGCCUUAUCCUCUCUACAACCACAAAUUCCUUCCCUACGCUCAAAAGAGCUUCUGCUCGUUGUCCUUACCAGAAAAGAACAAUGGCAACCCUUCAUUUCAUUCCAUCUCCUUCCUUCAUUCUCAACAAACCAAGACCCACCACACUUUCUACCUCCCAGUUCAACCCCAGAGCCCGCCAUGGCUCCUUCAGAUUCUCAACUGUCAUUGCAAGGUCUUACAAAGUGGUGAUAGAGCAUGAGGGUCAAUCCACAGAGCUAGAGGUAGAGCCCGAUGAAACCAUUCUAUCCAAGGUAUUGGACUCUGGCUUGUUUGUGCCACAUGACUGUAAGCUCGGGGUGUGCAUGACUUGCCCUGCUAAGCUCUUAAGCGGCGAGGUGGAUCAGAGUGAUGGUAUGCUUAGUGAUGAUGUUAUGGAGCGUGGAUUUGCACUGCUGUGUGCAGCUUAUCCAAGAUCAGAUUGCCAUAUCAAGACAAUUCCUGAGGAAGAACUGCUGUCAUUGCAGUUAGCAACAGCUAAUGAUUGAAUUGUUGGUUGUGCUUGCUUUUCGGUCACUGAAAGGUUUGUGUACGUUCGAGACUAUCCUUGUCCUUGAAUGAGUUGGUGUUAGCUUAUUGGAUACUUUUAGAGGUAAAAUUCGAUUGGAAAUUUAUGUUUGUCGGUCCCUAAUCAUGACAAGACAAUACUAGGAUUAUCUCAUCAACUAGCGUUGUAAUAUGCCUUGAAAAAUAUUAAUUUGCAUCCUUCA